GAGUGCUACAUGUAUUGCUUGGAUGAUCAACGCCUAGUCGUGCACUAUAUAAACGGUGUCUUACCCAUCAGAAACUUUCGCGAAAAUGGGAUCACUAAAAUUACUUUGCUUAAUGCUAUCGAUUUCCGUGUACAGAGCCUUUUGUCAGAUACAGUUACCUGCAAAAGCAUCUGGCGAAUCUAAUGUGUUACCCAGUACCGUAUCAGGUAGAGCGUCCAACGCCCUACGUGACAUUCUGAAUCAGGAAAGCCUGGUCCGCUUCGCUAUGGUGCAAAAAAUACAAAGUGUGGUUAUAGAUGCCAUAGACAAUAAAAAUGAUAGGCAACUUAUGAAGGCAAAGCUCAGUGUGAUGACAAAGGACCUGAAGGAUUUGGAAACAAAAAGUCAAAAUAUGGAGGCCGAAAACAACAAACUUAAAGAGGAAUUAAAGGUGAUGUAUGGGAAAGUGAAUGACAAUAGGAACUUUACAAAGGACGUAAUUCAAAAUCUUGAUCAGAAAAUGAAAAGUAAGACUUCAGCUCUCCACGAUGAAAAUCUUAAACAAGCCUUGAAAAAUUUGGCAUAUGAAAAACAGCUUGAUUUGUUAAAUAAUACUAUAAAACAAAUGGAAAGAAGUGUUGGAAAAGACAUAGAGACACUGAAAUCAUCGGACAUGAGCACAUUGGAGAGAAUAAACACUCUGAAUACUUCGCAUGCAAUAGAAGUAAUCAAGAACUUCCAAAAAGUUAAAGAACUUGAUGAUAGCUUUCGAAAUAAAAGUUUGGUUCUGGAAAACAUUGAUCGAGGACUGACUGAAGGAAUUGAGGUUCUCCAAGACCAAAUGAAUGAAGUGAACGCGACAUUACAGAUUAGUGGCGUAGACGUACUUGCCAGACAAAUUAAAAAGAUGGAGGACACGUUCUCGAGUUUUGCAGUGACUGUGUCAGAAGGUACAGAAUUAUCUAAAUUCUAUAUUAGUCAAAAUUUCCAAGUCACCAGGCAGGUUUUUGCUUUACAUCGCUCUUAUAUUGAAUUAUUUUAACAGUAUAAUUUAAUAAG